AUGCCGGAUGGCACGAAGGGCAAGUCCCCUGUGAUGAGGUCUAUCUCUUCCAAGGACUUGCGUCGCAGAAGUUCUCACAGAAGCGGAUUUUUAGCAGCCGAUGCCUCAGCAGUACACGAGAAGGACAGUGUCAAGGAUGGAACCCAUGAAGCAGAGGAGCAUCUACUGCAAGACCUGGAUAAUAUAUUGAACAAGAAACUGCAUUUGGGAGAGUCGAGUCCGAACAGUGGCAGUUUACGGGGAUCUCCGAUUUCUUUGUCUCCUCCCCGAUCUCCAGGCGAACAUACUGACGACGAAGCUCAAUCGAGCGGCUUAGACCUCGAUGGAUUACAAGACCAGGAAGAAGAUGAGGAUUUCGCAAACGUUGACGAAAUAGAUGGGCCCAUUUCACCUUCUUCGAGCUCCCGCAGUCUCAAAGACAUUGCCAACAGCCGUCUCAAUAAGAACGCAGACUCUAAGUCUAGCCUCGAUAUCGAUUACAACCUUCCUGUUGACAAAGACUAUCAAAAUCAAUUGAAUGAACGGGCUGAACAGCUUGAAAACGGUCUUUUUAUCCAUCAACCAUCAAAAGCGGCGCUCCAAUGGUCAAUGCAGGAUUUCUACUCUUUACAUGAGGAACUUCCCGACUGGUUCUCGUUUGCUGACUAUAGAUACCUAGGAUCUAUUAAAACGUGCUUCGACAAACGCUACGACGCGCAACGAUUCAUAGAAGAGCCUCAUUAUGCUGAAAAUGUAGUGAGCCAGCUUGUGGAAAAAAUAAAAGUGAACAAAUCAGAGAUCUCCUCGUUUCAGUCAUUAGCGUACAUAUCCUUGGGACUUUACAGCUGUCAGGAGACUAACGAAGCCCACCUCAACACAAUUCGCUAUGCCAACAUUCUGUUAAUGCCCUUUGUCCCAAGUUUGUCCACUCUUUUCAUGACCCACGGGUUGUCAUGUCGGGACAGUCAGGAUCACUUGAGACAUCAUACAGAUCUGUUUUUCUUAUCUGGCACUGUUCUCUUCUCUGUCGUGAAUGUUGCCAUCGAAGGGAGGGAUGAUCAAAUUUUGGGGUCCACGAUAGAAGGUGUCGUUGAGGAUUUGGACAAGACGAAUUUGCUCGAUUAUAUCGUGAAGUACAUUGAACAUUGGAGAUGGAACAGUAGGCUGAGUAUGAGAAUCAGAAACGUUAUAAUGCUUCUACACCGCCUUUUGCUGCUGCAAUUUGGUGAUAGGAAGCGCUAUAUCCACGUCAAAAAGUAUGUUAAUACAAAACAUCACUGCAACACUGAAGGAGAUCGGCCAAACAAACUUACCGUAAGUCCUUUAGAUUAUUAUGCUUUCCGGGAGGACAUUUCCGCACGUUUCCCUAGUUUUAUUCCCCCACCAUCCGAUAUUCCUGCCAGUUUUGACAACUCAAACUCUCUUUCUCAAUUCCUUGAAAUCCCAAGACCAAAGUCGAGAAAUUCCUCGAACGUGAACUUGACUGCUCCUGAAUAUCACAUCGCUACUCCAAUGCCGUCCCCGUCCUCUUCCCCUACUCAACGUGAAAGAGGGAACUCCAAGUCACGGAGAUCAUUCCAAACUAAUCUAGCAUACCCUUCGUUGUUUCCUUUUGAGGGUGUAGACUCCGCCGAAAAUGUUAUAUCAGAGAGACUACUUUUGCCGGAAGAUUUGAAAAUAGCCGAAAACAUUCCCUACAGUGUUGUUGAGGCUACUCGCAUUUUGCAUGACAGCAUGGAAAUUAAGCUUUCGACUCGACAGCUGUGGCAUGAGCGCGAGCUAUUCAUGGCACAGGAGCGUGGCUGGAGCUCUUCUGAAAAGUCCUUGGAUACUACCAGGUACCUCUACGACAAAGACAUGUGCUCCGAAGCACGGACAAUGUGUCGAAUCGAAAAGUUUUAUGAAAAUGCGUUGGCCAAUUUUAGUUCACUCGUUUAUGUGCUAUUACAGACAAUAGAGACCAAUAUUCACAACCGUGUCGUUUUUCUGGACGACAGCAAAGGUGAAUUGGACAAAAUCAAAAGUUCUUCUCAGUUAGAGGUGACCAGGUCGAAGGAAGUGGCGCUUAAAUCUGCGAGCUCAAUCUUGUUUCUGAUCACGAAAUGGUUCAAAUUAAGCCAUAUUUUGAAGUUUGAGCACAUUUGCGUAAUCCUCCACGAUCAUAAAUUCAUUAGCACCGCCACCGGCCUGUUGAACACGUAUGCAGACAGAUAUGCGGAGCGAGCUCUGAACAAGACAGUCAAAACAAAAAAUUCACUGUGGGCGGCAUGCUCCGCUUUUAACGCUCACUACACAGAGAGCCACCUCUCUGGUACCACGUCGGUGAUAUCUGCCAAUGUUGACCAUCGCUUUCUGAACACCGAGGUUUAUAUGUUGCGACUACUGAGCCAGGUCACGGGUAAUAAGACGCAAAGACUAAAAGAGCUGCCAUUGUCCAUCGGCUCAUUGCUCAAGAAACUGUACCAACUCUUCAAUCCCGAGGUCUUCCAUCCUAUACUCAAAAUCACUCAAGAACUGACGCCUUUUAAGAACAAGAAAUGGAAGUCUGAACAUAUGGAUCUUAUUUCGGGCGUAUACCUGUACAACAAAUUGAAACUCAACGACAACUGGGUGACUGGUAAAGACAUCGCAGGCGAACUCAACGAUGCAUGUGGUCAAGAAAUAGCCUUGCGUGCUCUACUCCAGUUCUACAAUUUCAUGCAUUAUAGGCGAUCUGUCGAACACCUGGGCUAUGCUGACAAGAGAGACAGCUCAUUUUUUGGCAAAGAGGCUGAAUCACUGACAGCAACUCGUUAA